UGUCAAAAUGACGUUUUAAGUACUGCGCAUGUUGCAGAAAUAAAUGAAAGUUUUACUUGAAUAACAUAUAAAAAGUACAUUAAAACAUUAGAAAAGUAUUACUAAUUUAUACAUUCAACUACCAAAAUGGUGUCAAAGAAGAAGAAGAAGUAUUCGUCCGGAGAGGGAGCUCAAUUUAUGUCCAGAAAAGCUGCAUUAAAGAAACUGCAGCUCUCUCUUAAAGACUUCCGACGAAUUUGCAUUUUGAAGGGAAUAUAUCCCAGAGAACCCCGCAACCGCAAGAGGGCCCAACAAGGUGCGGGUGGCAUCAAAACACUAUAUCACACUAAGGACAUCAAAUUCUUGCUACACGAGCCUAUAAUAUGGAAGCUGAGAGAUUUAAAAGUGUACCAACAAAAAAUCCGCAAAGCAAGAGCUAUGCGCGAAUAUGGACGGAUGAGGAAGUACUUCCGAGACUACCCAGAUAUAAACAUAGACCAUAUUGUAAAGGAAAGAUACCCUACAUUCAUAGAUGCCCUCCGAGAUUUGGAUGAUUGCCUCACUCUGUGCUUCCUGUUCAGCACAUUCCCGUCACUUAAAAAGGUGCCGAGAGAUCAGUCUAUGCUAUGCAGGAGACUAACGGUGGAGUUCAUGCAUGCAGUCAUUGCUGCGAAAGCAUUGCGGAAAGUCUUUGUGUCUGUCAAAGGAUAUUAUUAUCAAGCUGAAAUUGAGGGGCAGACUAUUACAUGGAUUGUGCCACAUCAUUUCUCAUUCCAGCCUCAAAGCAAGGAUGAAGUAGACUUCAAAAUCAUGUCCACUUUUGUUGAGUUCUACAUAAUGAUGCUUGGCUUUGUGAACUUCAAACUCUACCACUCCCUGAAUUUGGUGUAUCCUCCAAAACACUGCAGCAUUCUCAGCAAGCUCGAGAAAGAUCUCAUUGAUGAAAGAGCUUAUGUAGCAGAGAGAAUUGCCGCCAUGAACAUGUCUUUAGCCAGAGUAGCAGGCUCUAAUGAAGCCGAAGAAUUACCCGAAAUUGACAUAUUCAACACAGAAGAUGAAGACCCACAAAAACUUGAAGAUGCAAAGCUUGAAGCUGAAAAAGUAAAGAAACUCAAAACCAUGUUCAAAGGCCUAAAGUUUUUCAUCAACAGGGAAGUCCCUAGGGAACCUCUGGUGUUCUUAAUUCGCUGCUUCGGUGGUGAAGUGUCUUGGGAUCGCAACAUGUUUGUAGGGGCAACUUUUGACGAGUCAGAUGAGACAAUAAACUACCAGAUUGUGGAUAGGCCGAGUAUGGACAAGCAGUUCCUUUCCCGCUACUACAUACAGCCUCAGUGGGUGUUUGACAGCGUCAAUGCGAGGACUCUGCUGCCGAUCAACAAGUAUUUGAUGGGAGCCGUGCUACCGCCACACUUGUCUCCGUUCGUUGACAAGACUAAGGAUCAAGUGUACAUCCCGCCUGAGCAGAGAGCACUCAAUGAUCCUGACUAUAAGCCUCCAAAUAAUGAAGCCUCAGAUGAGGACAUCGAGGAAGCCAGUGAUGAAGACAAGGAGGAUACAGAGAAGAACUCCGAUGAAGAGGGGGCCGAGGAAGCAUUGACCCGGCAGUACCAGGAGGAGGUGGCUGAGGAGUCUUCUUCCGAAGACGAGGAAGGCGAUGACGAGGAAGUGGAGAAAAAGAAAUUGGCGAAGGAAAAGAAAAAGGCCAUGGCAGUCACAGCGGGCGUAACUCACAAAGAACAUCCCUAUCAAAAAGAAAUAGAGGACAAACAAGCCUUCCGGCUUCGCGAGAAACUCGUCCGCAAGAAGCACAGAAACCUGUACAAGAGCAUGAAGGCAGGCCAAGAAGCGCGCAAGAAGGAAAUCUGGCUGCUUAGGAAGAAGAGGCGUCUCCAUGAUGAGAAAGUGAAGGAUGAAAAGAAAACUGCGAAGCGGAAACAGAAGAUACAGGCUUUGGAGGCCGCCAUGGCUUAAUUGUUGCUAAAUGAUAAUAAAGUACUGGAAGGUCA